CUAUCAUGCCUAUAACUUGACACAUGCUUGACAUGUUAACAAAAUAAAAUAUUUAUUAAUUUAUGGAUUUCCAGAAGUAAUUAAAAUCCAUUUUAUUUAUGAAAAUGGCCAGUGUUAUAGUUCGAUGCAGUAAUUUAGCAAAAAGUUCUGGAGGGAUUAUUGUCCCCAUAAAUAGUUUACAUAAACAAAAUUACUGCAACAAACCUCCACCCCCUGGUACUCCUCCACCACAGACCAAAACAACUUUUGGGAAAUUAUCAGAUGAAGAUCGUGUGUUUACUAACCUUUAUGGAAGGCAUGAAUGGCGAUUGAAGGGGGCGCUUAAGCGAGGAGAUUGGUAUAAAACUAAAGAAAUUUUAUGCAAGGGACCUGACUGGAUUAUAAAUGAGGUCAAAACCUCAGGUCUACGAGGCAGAGGGGGAGCAGGAUUCCCCUCUGGAAUGAAGUGGUCUUUUAUGAACAAACCAGGUGAUGGUCGUCCAAAAUAUUUAGUUGUAAAUGCUGAUGAAGGUGAACCAGGCACUUGCAAAGAUAGGGAGAUAAUGAGACAUGAUCCACACAAGUUAGUGGAAGGUUGUUUAAUAGCUGGCAGGGCAAUCGGAGCCAAAGCUGCAUAUAUUUACAUUAGGGGUGAAUUUUAUAAUGAGGCUUCAAACUUACAGGUUGCAAUUGCAGAGGCAUAUCAAGCUGGGUUUUUAGGUCGAAAUGCAUGCUGUUCAGGAUAUGACUUUGAUGUCUUUGUGCAAAGGGGAGCUGGUGCAUACAUUUGUGGAGAAGAAACUGCUUUGAUUGAGUCCAUUGAGGGUAAACAGGGAAAACCCAGACUCAAACCACCUUUCCCUGCAGAUGUUGGUGUAUUUGGUUGUCCAACUACAGUUAACAAUGUUGAGACAAUAGCAGUUUCGCCAACUAUUUGUCGUCGAGGUGGAGCUUGGUUUGCUUCAUUUGGAAGAACAAGAAACUCUGGCACUAAACUAUUUAAUAUUUCUGGUCAUGUUAAUAACCCUUGCACUGUAGAAGAAGAAAUGAGUGUACCCAUGAAGGAAUUAAUUGAAAAACAUGCCGGAGGUAUCAUUGGAGGUUGGGACAAUUUACUUGGUGUUAUACCAGGGGGCUCUUCAACGCCAGUUAUACCAAAAUCUGUUUGUGAAAAAGCAAUAAUGGAUUUCGAUGGUCUGGUUGCAGUUCAAACAAGUUUAGGAACUGCUGCUUUAAUCGUCAUGAACAAACAAACAGAUAUCAUUAAAGCUAUUGCCAGAUUGAGUACAUUUUACAAACACGAAUCAUGUGGACAAUGUACCCCAUGCAGAGAAGGGGUUGAUUGGAUGAAUAAAAUAAUGUGGCGCUUUGUGGAAGGAAAAGGAAAACCAGAGGAAAUCGACAUGUUAUGGGAACUGAGUAAAGAAAUAGAAGGGCACACUAUUUGUGCUUUGGCAGAUGGAGCAGCUUGGCCUGUACAGGGACUUAUUAGACACUUUAGACCUGAAAUCGAAGCUAGAAUGAACAAAUACAAAGAAGACAAAAUUGACGUAAAGGUGGAACGAUGUUAAUUAUUUUUUCCUAAUUAUACACAUAGGCAAAAUAAUAAUUGUAAAUGUAAUUAUUAUUUUAUAGUUUUUGCUGCUGUGAAAUAUCAUAAUAAUAAAAUUAAAUUAAUGGCGAGAUAUUGUAUUCCUACCGUGUUGGUUUUUUAUUUUGUCUUUCUUAAAUUAAAAUAAAUGUAUACUUUAUUAAUUAAAUUUCUAAGUUUUAAGUACGGUUGAAAUAAAUUAAGGAGAAUUAGGUGUAAGGUCAAUAUUUUUACCGCUAGUACCUGUCAAUUUAAUUUACCCUGUAACUUAAAUACAAUGGCAGACAUAGUUGUGUUUAUGAUUGAAUAAUUAAAUAAAAUUUUGUGCAUCUUUCUAA